AGACCGGCGGUUUGUGGAGAGAGAGACUCACAAAGACCCUGAAGACCCGGUGUGUCUUGGAGAGAAUUUUCAGGCAGCGAUGUCAUUACGUCACUACUGGAACGGAAGAGCCGGUGCGCUGCACUGGCAUCAUCAUCAUCAGCUACAGCGCAGCGGCAGAGUGGUAGCGGUGGGAGCCCAGACUCUCUCAUCUCCAGUGACUCCUUUAGAUUCUACAUGUAAACACGGAUCAUUGGGGGAAUUCUAGAAGCCACAACGCGACAUCAGACAGCAGCAUAACGCCCUGGCGAGUCUCCCAGUCAGCGGAAACCUGCAACAAUGUCUUCGUCUGUUAGCGAGACAGAGGAGGUGCGCGUCUCGGCGCUGACGCCUUUGAAGUUGGUGGGACUGGUGUGCGUGUUUCUGGCGCUGUGCUUAGACGUUGGAGCCGUGAUGAGCCCUGCAUGGGUGACCGCCGACGACCAGUACUGCUUCUCACUGUGGGAGGCGUGCUGGAAAGCAGCGUCGUCUGAGAUCUGGCAGUGCAACAGCACGCUGGAGGCAGACUGGCAGAUCGCCACCCUGUCCUUGUUGCUAGGUGGAGCUGCUCUGGUCCUGCUCUCCUUCCUGGUGGUCCUGGUGUCAGUGUGUAUCGGCUCUCGGAGACGCUUCAACAGACCUGUUGCUGUCAUGCUGUUCGCUGCAGUGGUGUUGCAGGGCUGCAGUCUGGUCCUCUACCCCAUCAAGUUCACUGAGACCAUCAGCAUGAGCAUAUACCACGAGUUCAACUGGGGUUACGGCCUGGCCUGGGGCGCUACCAUUUUCUCCUUCGGCGGGGGGAUCCUCUACUGCCUCAACCCUAAGAACUAUGAAGACUACUACUGACCCUGCUGGACUGUACCACUGUGACACCCCCCCCCCCCCCCCCCUGUAGUCGCUGGCUGUCAUACAUAUCCUAUACUGUAUAAUGCUAAUGCUCGCUAGAGAGACAGGUAGACACAGAGAGAUGCACACACACACACACACGUCAGCAUACAGUAUUUCCAGAGGCUCAGUGCUGGGGUGGAUGGAUGAUUUCACAGUACCCUGUACCCUGCUCUGUACUCCCUCUUCAGUCAGAGACUAACAGAAAACAGACUGACCAAUCAGAUCACUCUAUCUGUCCUCAAACCCUGGGACAAGGACUCACUGAAGCACUGUUACCGACCAAGUAUUACUUACAAGGCCUUAGGGAUUAGGAUGAGGCUAAGCUCGGCAAACCCAGGAGGAACAUCUGGUGCCAGCUACCAUUUAUGUUACGUCCACGAGAGAUUAGGAUGAGUCUGACUGGAAAACAGACUUGUCUUCUCACUGGUAGGUAGAGAGACUGGGAUGACCAACACUGGUAGGUAGAGACAGACUGGGAUGACCAACACUGGUAGGUAGAAGACAGACUGGGAUGACCAACACUGGUAGGUAGAGACAGACUGGGAUGACCAACACUGGUAGGUAGAGACAGACUGGGAUGACCAACACUGGUAGGUAGAGACAGACUGGGAUGACCAACACUGGUAGGUAGAGACAGACUGGGAUGACCAACACUGGUAGGUAGAGACAGACUGGGAUGACCAACACUGGGUAGGUAGAGACAGACUGGGAUGACCAACACUGGUAGGUAGAGACAGACUGGGAUGACCAACACUGGUAGGUAGAGACAGACUGGGAUGACCAACACUGGUAGGUAGAGACAGACUGGGAUGACCAAUACUGGUAGGUAGAGAGACUGGGAUGACCAACACUGGUAGGUAGAGACAGACUGGGAUGACCAAUACUGGUAGGUAGAGACAGACUGGGAUGACCAACACUGGUAGGUAGAGACAGACUGGGAUGACCAACACUGGUAGCUUGGCAUGUGAAGGCGAGGAAGAGAUCCAGUGACCCACAGGACACCAAUGCCACUACAGUAUAUCUCCAUGGAAGUAUGAACCCCCCAUAACUAGCUACAGUUGGGCUCAAUUCCAUUUCAAUUCCAGUCAAUUCAGGAAGUACAAUUCCAAUUACCUCCAAUACCUUUCAAUGAGGAAUUGGAGUUUUGGUUUACUUUCUGAAAUGAUUGGAAUUGAAAUGGAAUUGACCCCAAUCCUGGUAAAGAGGAGGUUUGGUACGUCCCAAUACUCCAAAACAGAGGUUUCCUUCCUGUCUUCAUAGCCAGUGAAGAGCACAGAGACAGACAGGGAGCCGUUUGAAGCCCGUUUAGGACACAGCCCAGUAAUGUGGUACUGGUCUGUAGCUUAUCUGGUCUGUCUCAUCACAGCUUCAUCAGGUUUUUGCAGUGAUGUAGAAUGUUCCGUGGUCUAGAAGAGGAGACAGACAGAGAGCUUAGUUUAUGUCUGGGAACACAUUUACUUGUCCGACAAUAAUCCAAUGAAAUGUAACCACACAAAUCAAAUAUUAUUAUUUUGAUGGACAUCCUACAGUAGAUUGAGGCGUAAAUUGUUGAAUGAUGUUCGUGGAGAUGUUGACGAGAUGUGUGACUAGAUUGGAGGGAGGGACAGAGAGAGAGAGAGAGAGGGGGGGAGAGAGAGAGAGAGA